UUCAAACUUAUCCAGUGAUGACCCUUGGCCGAUCAAGAGAUAGCAAGUUUUGAAUAAUGAUAAUAGAUAUAAUUAAAUCAUAAUUAACGUCAUUAACCAUUGGUGUCGUGCAAAUUUAGACGGAGGAAGAAAGAGAAAAGACCUGCCUCUAAAAACUCAGGAAAACGUGAUUAAAAAAACCCUACACUGAUGGUAAAGCGUCGAACCCACUCUCAUAAUCUUUGAUUACUGCUAGAGUCUUGAGGUUACCAUAUAUCGUUACAGGUGACUCGUGUCCAAGCGAUGUAGCGCGUCAGGUUUGAAUUGUUGAUCAGGUUAAAUCCCCAUAUCAAAUUAAAGCUUAUAGAGCUGGUUACCAAACUAUACCAAGAAUUUUGAAAUAAAAUGAAUUGCUGCAUUUUUCACGACUUCUAAAUGUGAGUGUCCGGAUCACCUUUUAAAAGCUGUAAUUCAAAAGGAAUAGGCCGUAUUCGUCGAAUUCUCUUAUUGCGCUGGAAAAUGGAGGCUCAUUCGGGAGGAUAUCAUUAAAAGGAGAUUUAUGUCAUUUGCAUUUGAAAAGACUCGCCGCUGUUAGUCUCAGUUACAAGCUAGUUCCAGUCCAAUACCGAGAAUACGAAUAUGGUAUAUUUGUCCGUUUGCCCUCAAAUGGACAGUAGUAGCUAGCUAGUUUGUUAUACUAACAGCGACAACGUGCCUGCGAAUUUCAUUUUUCGAUAUGUGCUUUUUUUUUUCCUCCGGGAGCGAUUUUUGUACGAUCACUUCAUAUUUUGUUAAUCCUAUUUCGAAAAUCUUCUGCAACUAGUGGCAAAACACGGACACGUUUCCUUAACGAUUUGGGUCCUGCUGACUGAGGAAAAAAAUGAGUUAAGAAAAACCAAAUUUCCCUUGACUUACAAGUAGCUUUUAAAGGGUGAUUCGGAUGCUCGCAUUUAGAGGCCUCUUUUCCUCAUCUGACGGUACCAUGCAAGACAGUUUCUGCUUCUAAAAUUUCAAAGAGGGCUAGCUUAUCUUUAAACUGUUGCGUGUGCAUGGCUGUCGAGUUAACCCAGAUUGGACCGGAUCGAUAGAAUUACUAAAAUCUAGGGAGUGUUUAAAACACGAAAUGGCACUAUGGUUAGCCUAAGUAGUGUUCAGUUUAGCCUAAUUAUUAUCACUGACUCGACAGUGGUUAGCUGUCAAUAAUUGUGAAGUUUGUGGCAUAUCGUCAUUUCGCCAUUUCUUGUUUUAAACACGCCUCAAAAUCUGGAUUGAACAAAAUUGCUAGUGGAUCGGAUCGAAGCCAAGUAAACCUGGAUGGAUUGAACUUUCAGUGGUAUCGCUUUUUAAAUUCCCCACAGAACAAUCACGUGUUUGGUAGCUGGGUGAUGGCUGAUAAUAAUCAUGUUAAACGACAGGCCUUCACAAACCUCCCAAGGAAAUGCGUGCUGAAUUCAAAGCAGUUCCACGCAUGAAUGUCUUUUUACGGCAAGCAACUCAAGCUCGCUGACAUAUCAAGAACGUAGCUUUUCUACUCCUUGAUGCAGACUUUUUUUCUGAAUUGAUCGCUGUGGAUAAAUAACUUUCCCGCAAUUUUUUUCUGCACAGUGUUUUUUUGGGGGGAAGUAUCCAAGGCCAAAACCGCCAGGCUUUCCAACGUUUUACUCGUGCAGCCUGGAGCAAGCCUGGAGCGAGUUGCUGCUCCAAACCAAAAUGGCGGACGAAUCGUUGUAGAAACUGUAGCUGGCUUCUCGUAGGCGAGAUGUAUCCUUUCUUGACCUCAAAAUUGUGCACAUCUCAUUUACGGAGUCAUGUUUUCUCUGGCUUUCCAAGAAUUACUUCAAUUAGCAGCAGUUACAGGACAGCAAUCACCAGAGGACAACCAAUUUCAAAACUCUUAGCAAAGAAUACUACAAACAACUUUGGCACUAGAUUAAGAACUUUGCACAUCUGGAAAUUUUUAGAACAGAACCCAAAAUGUUCAGCCAGGCACUGGUCAUUUCUUAAAUAUACAGGACUUUUAGCUGUUGGAGCACUAGUUGUCAGAUCAAAGAUCUCCAGCGCACACUGUGGCUUGAAGUUAAGCCACAAAUCAUCUUCACACCACGUAGAGAAGAAAGGCAAAGAAGGAGAGAAAAAACAGCCAAAAUUUGACUUCAGAGAAUUCUGGAAGUUCCUAUGGCCAGAUUUAUGGCUGCUAUUGUUGGCAGGUUUGAGUGCUUUUGCAGUUGCCAUGGUGAACAUUGAAUUGCCACUGUUGCUAGGAAACCUGGUAAAUGCAGUUUCAAGUUUAACAGGUGGAGCUCACAAUAAUGAUUUUUUUCAAGUAUUAAGAGAGCCUGCUGUGAAACUGAUAUCAAUUUACGGAGCUCAAGCAGUUCUUACAUUCUGUUACAUUUCAUUUCUUUCAUGCCUUGGUGAGAGGUUGGCAGAAAGAAUGCGUAAUGCUUUAUUUGCGUCAUUGAUACGACAAGACAUUGCUUUCUUUGAUAGUCAUAAAACUGGAGAACUAGUUAACAGAUUGACAGCUGACAUCCAGGAUUUCAAGAGUGCAUUCAAGCAGGUCAUUUCUCAAGGCUUGCGCAGCACAACACAGACGAUUGGUUGCGUGGUGUCACUCUACAUGAUUUCACCUAAACUCACUCUUAUGAUGAUGGUUGUGUUACCGACUGUCAUCAUUGGCGGCACUUUGUUUGGGUCACUGUUAAGGAGGCUUUCCAGGGCAGCUCAAGCACAGGUUGCCAAAGCAACUGCUGUGGCUGAUGAGGCACUGGGAAAUGCGCGAACAGUGAGAGCUUUUGCUAUGGAGGACAAAGAAACAAAACUGUAUCAUGAUGAGGUAUCCAAAUCUAAGACACUGAAUGAAUUGCUGGGAAUUGGAGUUGGAGCUUUCCAGGGUAUGGCCAACCUGGCUAUUAAUGGCCUUGCAUUGGUUGUGUUAUACUAUGGAGGAUCACUUCUUGCCAAUGGGGAAAUGGAACCUGGGGACUUGAUGAGUUUCCUGGUGGCUACACAGACCAUUCAAAGAUCAUUAGGCCACAUGUCUCUCUUGUUUGGUCAAGUUGUACGUGGCAUGAGUGCAGGAGCCAGAGUUUUUGAAUACCUUGUCAUCCAGCCCACCAUUCCAGUGACCGGUGGCACUCAAAUGCCCCUUGAGAACAUUCAUGGACAAGUUGAUUUUAAGAAUGUUACUUUUUCCUACCCUACACGGCCCACACAAACAGUUCUUAAAGACUUCACCUUGUCAAUGCCGGCAGGUAAGAUGGUUGCCCUGUGCGGAAGCAGUGGUGCAGGGAAGUCUACAGUAGCGGCAUUGUUGGAACGCUUUUAUGACGUGGAUAGUGGGUGCAUUUCUGUUGAUGGUCAUGAUAUCACCAGUCUGGAUCCAACAUGGCUGAGGGGAGCUGUGAUCGGGUUUAUUCAUCAGGAACCUGUGCUGUUUGCCACAUCAGUGUUAGAAAACAUACGGUAUGGCCGACCAGAUGCAACAGAUGAAGAGGUGCUGGCUGCAGCACAACAAGCAAAUGCUGAUGGUUUUAUUAAAGGUUUCCCUGAGGGUUAUAAUACUGUCCUAGGAGAGAGAGGCGUAACUGUAUCAGGUGGACAAAAACAACGAAUUGCAAUUGCUCGAGCAUUGUUAAAAAACCCUGCCAUUCUCAUUUUAGAUGAAGCAACAAGUGCUUUGGAUGCAGAAUCUGAACGUGUUGUACAGGAUGCUCUGGAUAAAGUCACAAAAGGUCGCACCGUUGUAGUGAUUGCACACAGACUUAGUACAAUACAGAAUGCAGAUGUGAUUGUUGUUCUUUCACAUGGUAACAUAAAAGAGGUGGGAACACAUCAAGAAUUGAUGUCUAGAAAUGGCCUUUAUGCCGACCUUGUACGCCGACAAAUGCAAGACCAGGAUUAGCUGCACACCUGUGAACUUCAACACCCUUCGUUUUCUUACACGUACUUGUACACUAGAUAGAUGAAAAACUUAAUUGGUUAAUGUUUUUGAGAAGCUUCUUCAAGAAUUACAUCCACUGAAAUGGCUGCAAAAAUUUUUGGAAGUUACCAGUAUUUGAAUUUAAUGUUCACCAAAACAUCACACGAUGCCUGCUUUUAACACUAGCAUUAAUUGUUUUUUAGUUGCAUGUUAAUUAUUUUCAAGACCCCCACUAGCAAUAAAAUUUAAAAAAAACUUGAUUAUUGGAUAACAGGGAUAAUACAAUUAAAAUGUUUUUUGUUGUUGUUGUUUGGCUCAGCUUUAUUUUGGGGGCGUUUUUAAUAAAGUAAUAAUUAUUAUUCCGCUCGCACUUGAUAGAUAUGAGAUGAUCAUACUGAAGUGUGGCAGCUCUUGUAAGCUUGUAAUUCUCUUCAUUGUUAGCAGCUGUUAUUGUUUCAGGGCUAGGGACAUUGUUUCUGUUGUUUGUUCUAUUGUUCUCUCAAAGGGUAGCAAGCUGUUCAUGUGAGACCUGAUGAGAGCUGUUACAUCACCCUGAUCAUAGCCAACUCCCCAGUAUGCACCUUGUUGGCUACCGUAUCUAUCAUCUUACAUCUAAUGCGCACUCAUGAAAUAAUAAUGUUAAUUAUACAAUGUCUGGUAUACUUGUACUAUUCAAAAGAAUGAUAGCAGGCUAUUUUAAUAUUUUUAUUUUACUCUAUAUAGAAAGCAAAAACUACAUGUAAGAAAAAAUAUCGUGGAAACCUGCUAAUGGUAUUUUUAAUUUGACGACAUUUUCAUUUAAUACUUACCUUGUACAUGUAAUUCACACUUGUGAAACAUUUUUUGAGUUGCUGUACAUGUGUGUAUAAAUGGCAUUUACUUCAAAUGUUGCCAACUUUACUGAAAACAUUAAAAUAAAUAUGCAAGGUUUUGAUUCAAUCUGUU